GAAUCGGGCUCGUGGUUUGGCAACCGCAACGCAGGUAGGUCUGCCAAAUACCAAGCAAAAGACCCUCAAUCUUGUAAUUAAUAACAAACAUUGGGUCAACGAAAUCCUGCUCCGAUGUCUGGAUCAAUAUAAAUACCAAACCUCCAAAAAUUUCUCACCUUAAAAGCUCACAGUUACAGUGUGUCUGUAAAAUAGUCCUUAAAAGCUCCGCCUCCAGGCACAGCAGAUACAUACAUCAAUGGCUUCCGGUAAGAAAACUUUCGUUUUCAAUGAAGUUUCCACGCACAACAAAACCAAAGACUGCUGGCUUAUUAUCGAGGGAAAGGUUUAUGAUGUAACACCAUUUAUGGAAGACCACCCUGGAGGUGAUGAAGUUCUCCUAGCAGCAACGGGGAAGGAUGCAACGAGUGAUUUUGAGGAUGUUGGGCACAGUGAUGAUGCACGAGGGAUGAUGGACAAAUAUUACAUUGGUGAGAUAGACAGGUCAACUGUUCCUCUGAAACGUGUUUUUGUUGGCAAGGAAAGGAACUACAAUCCUGACGACACUUCAGCAGUCAUCAUCAAGAUAUUACAUUUCCUGGUGCCUCUACUCAUCUUGGCCUUGGCUUUUGCUGUCAGAUCCUACACCAAAGACAACUCCUCCUCCUCCGCUUGAACCACACCACAGAAAUAAUUACAUCACAUUUUUCUUCUUUUUAACAUAUAUAUAUAUAUAUAUAUAUAUAUAUAUAUAUAUAUAUAUAUAUAUAUAUAUAUAUAUAUAUAUAUAUAUAUAUAUAUAUAUAUAUAUAUAUAUAUAUGUCUAGAUGUUUUCUUUCUUGUCUAACAUUGUUAUCAUUAUGUCAUCAACAAGUCGAAUAAGUACGGAUCCUCACCCAUGUUUAUGUGUCAUAAAAUAUAAUAUAAUAGAUUUUAUUAGAGGAUUUCA